GUAGUGAAGCGUUCUGCGGCGGACUGAAGAGCUGCCUGAAGUGCGACUCCGGCUCAGGGAACAGGGGUAUGAGAGGAGGCGCCCGGGGCCUAAGCGGGGCCCCUGCCGCAGCCGUGGAGAACUCGACGGACGCGGAGAUACCCGUCGUCGGGCGCCCUCGCUGCGUCAAAUGCACGCACCUCAUCGUCCUCCACUCGAGAGAGUGCGUCGACUUCUGUCCUCCUGGCUACACCGAGGAGUGGUCCAGUCUCGUCGAUUACAUGGGCAAAGUCUGCAAAGAGUCGCUGUUCCUAGGCGGAAUCGCGCUCUCCGGGCAAACGCUGGCCGUGGCGGUGGGCGCCACCGUGGGAACAGCUCUAUGCCUGGUCUUGAUCCUGAUCGUCGGCAUCUGCAUCAAGUACCGUCGCUACAAGGCGCUGAGGAACCGCGCACGACAGUCGCCCAGCCUCGGACACCUCACAGGGACUCACCGGAGUCAAGUGCAAGUUUCAAAGACACUGUCCACUGACACCGUCAGUCUAUGUAGGCAGAUGAAAUGGACGAAAAAAUUCCUGCAAAUAACCUGUUGUAAUUCACUUGACAUCACAUAUAGUGAUGACUCGGAGAGGCCGGAGUUCUUAAAGCAUUUAGCAACCUUACGGGGCGAGGCUCCUAUCUUCUUAGCAAUGUUAAAUGAAACCAGGAGGCAGGUACGAGAAUUGCGCCGGCCUAGUCGACAGGAUAGUGCAAUUCAAGCUUAUAAGCCUGUUCUCAAAGAUCUCUCUAGAAUAUUAAUCCUACUUAAUCGGCGGGAUGAAAAAAUUGAUACACCUCCAGCAGACUGGGAAACUCUUUUAGCUUGGGGAGAAAGAGUCCUCAGAAGGUAUAAAAAACAGCAUCCACACCAG